UUCAACGACCAACAAGGCUACUUAUUCAACCAUUUCGGUAGCUUGUUAGUCAACAUGAAAGCGGAACAUUUAAGCUCUUUUGACCAUUCUUGUAAAUAUUAAUCAGUGUUUUAAAGACAAUUAUGUGUACGUAUUAACGUAAAAGUCAUUUGCUUGUAAAAUUGACCAAUUUGUCAAAAAAGGUAUACUAGCACCAGGCUAGUUCCAAAUGCUAACUAGCUAGCUAGCUAACAUCCCCGACCAUGAGUUCACUAAGUUACUCCCCCCCUGCUAAAGAACAGGUCUGCUGGAUGGAGAAAGAAGCUCUGGGUCUGAACAUUGUCGUAAAAGAAGAGGAUAUUACAGUGAAAGAAGAGGAAGAAGCUUUCAGAGUGAAAAGGGAAGAAGAAGAGGCUAUCACAUUGAAAGAAGAAAAUUAUGUUACAGUGAAAGAUGAGAAAGAACCUUUUGGAGAGGAAGAGGGGAUAGAGGCUGUCACAGUGAAAGAGGAAGAGGGGAUAGAGGCUGUCACAGUGAAAGAGGAAGAGGGGAUAGAGGCUGUCACAGUGAAAGAGGAAGAGGGGAUAGAGGCUGUCACAGAAAAAGAGGAAGAGGGGAUAGAGGCUGUCAGAGAAAAAGAGAAAGAGGGGAUAGAGGCUGUCACAGUGAAAGAGGAAGAGGGGAUAGAGGCUGUCACAGUGAAAGAGGAAGAAGGGUUAGAGGCUGUCACGGUGAACGAGGAAGAGGGGAUAGAGGCUGUCACAGUGAAAACAGAAGAGGGGAUAGAGGCUGUCACAGUGAAAACAGAAGAGGGGAUAGAGGCUGUCACAGUAAAAAAGGAAGAGGGGAUAGAGGCUGACACAAUGGAAGAGGAGGUGGUAGACUCUUUCAGAAUUAAAAAAGAGGAAGAGGAGGCUAUCACAUUGAAAGAAGAAGAGGAUGUUACAGUGAAAGAAGAGAAAGAACCUUUUGGAGUAAAAGAGGAAGAGGAGGCUAUCACAUUAAAUGAAAAGGAGGAUGGUAUAAUGGAAGAAGAGGAGGCUGUCUCACAAGAGGAAGACGUUUUGGGAGUAAAAGAAGACGGGGAUGAGGAGGAGGACGAGCCUGAAGAUCCGAUUACCACCAGAGAGAGACCAGCCUCUUACUCUGACAGCGGGAGUACUUCAGGGGAACCAGACCCAGAGAUGCCCAGUGAAACCACACCACUGCUCCCAAUGUGGAAAUAGAUUUUUCUCAUCGGGUGACCUGAAAAAGCAUAAGAGAACACACUCUGUAGAGAGGCCUUUCCAAUGCUCUCAGUGUGGAAAGAGAUUUAU